AUGUCCACCAAAAACCUCUCAUUGAUCUUCACCAAAAUUCCCGCCGGCACUGUCGUGCCAGGCGAGCAUAUCACCGUCAAGGACGUCGGGUUCGACCAAUGCCAACAUAUCCCAGAGGAUAGCCUAAUCCUGGAAACAUUGUAUGUCUCCUUCGACCCGUACCUCCGCGGGCAGCUGCGCGACCUGAACGUGAAAUCCUACCUGCCGGCAAUCCCCCUAAACACCCCCAUCGUUGCUGGUGCGCUGUCCAAGGUCCUCAAGUCGAAUCUCGAAGGCUUCGUCGAAGGCGACAUUGUCUUCCUUCACGUCCCCGUGCAGCAGUAUAAUGUCUUCAGCCAGAAAGAGAAUCCGGGCAGACAGCCACGCAAAAUCGACAUCACGACCGGCAUAGCUGAUAUCCGCCACUACUUGGGUGCCCUGGGCAUGCCAGGUCUCACGGCAUAUUCGUCGCUGUAUGAGAUUGGGAAGCCCAAGAAAGGCGAGACGAUUCUGGUCUCCAGCGCAGCCGGGGCCGUGGGACAGUUGGUUGGACAGCUCGCAAAACAUGAAGGCCUGACGGUCCUGGGCAGUGUUGGUAGUGAUGACAAGCUCGAGUUCAUCAUCAAAGACCUCGGUUUCGACGGCGGCUGGAAUUACAAGAAGGAAAAAUCCACCAAGGAUGCCAUCAACAGGUUGACCAACGGCAAAGGCAUUGAUAUCUUUUAUGACAACGUCGGCGGCGAACAGCUUGAUGGGGCCUUGGAGACAUUGAACCUGUUUGGAAGAAUCGUCGAAUGUGGUCAAAUCUCCCAAUAUAAUUUGCCACCGGAAGAGCGGUAUCCUAUCCGAAACACUUUUCAGACCGUUGUGAAGCGCUUGACCAUGACGGGAUUUAUGGUCGGAGACGCCAACAUGGGGCCCAAAUACGCCAAAGCCCAUCAGGAGAUUGUCGGCAAAUGGAUUAACGAUGGCAGCUUCAAGGCCAAGAUCCAUGAGACAGUCGGUAUGGAGCAUGCUGCUGAGGCGUUUGUGGGCCUGCUUCGAGGGGACAAUUUUGGAAAGGCAAUCUUGAAGGUCAAGGUAUAG